AUGAUGAAGAGCAGGAGAUCAGCUGGGUACGAGCCCAUAAAGGGGUCGGGCCGUCGGCGACGGAGGAGCCAGGUGGAGCUGGAAGUCGGAGCCCGGGGCGGCGGCGGCCGAAGGAGGUUCAGCUGGAGGAUAAAGAUCUUCCCGAAGCUGCGGCGGCUAAUCAUCUCUCCGAAGAAGUUGUUCGUCAGACUGCGAGAGGGCUACGUGAAGUUCAUGGUGACAUUCGGCAACUCCAGGGUAGUCAGCAGCGGCUUCGGGGGAUCCACCAACCAGUCCGGCGCAGCGAGGUCGGCGGCGGCGGCAGCGAAGGAAUACGAAGAGAAGAUGAUCAUCCAAAUCUACAACUCCUUGAUCGCCGCCGAGGGGCACUUAGCGGUGCCUCGCCAUGCAGAUUCAGCCCUAAAAACAAUCCCCGAGAUUGCGGCCGCUUAA